AUGGCCAAAACGUUUCACCCUUUCGAGGCUUGGAACUCACGUUUGCUGCUUUUGGGUCUGCUGCUCCAAGUCUUCCCAGUUGGCGCCUCUCCCACGACAGCAAUCAGACCCGCCGACGAGGCCCUCACCAAGCGAGCGAGAGCAAAGUACCCCACCUUUUCCAACGAUUACGAUGGCCGCGUAAAGAAGGGCGAAUAUCUUAUGACGCUUCUCCCAGUAGGGAACGAAGAAGCUGCAGAGCUGAAUGGCGGCGCUUCCAUUGUCAGUCCGUUCCAGGACCCGGAGAGCCUGGUUACGUGGGGAUGGACCCCUUACAUAACUUGGUACCCAUACGAAACAAACUUGGAUGGAGAUACGGAACGAUUGCCUGGCUUUCCUGGUUAUUGGCAACUAUUGGACGAGGCAUUUGCCGACUCGGAGUAUCCGGUGGAUGAAAAACAGACCGGCGUGUACCACUUUGUCCAAGACAAACCGUUUCGAAAGUGGUGGUGGAUGCGAAAUGGACAGCCGUCAGAAGGAUCAUACAAAAACGUGGCGAACCCACCCUCGGGCGCGUUCAUUUUCGACGUCAACUACAGUCCUCGCUACGAAGUGGCCAAGAACGGCAAAGGAGACGUGCCCGACUUGGACACGCUGUCAGACAUUGCCUAUUUCCAGUGGCUAAGCGCUUGCCAAUACAAAAACAAAAGUCCUAAAACCCUCAAGGUCGUCUUCCGCGCUGGCGUUAGCUACAAACCUACCUUUGACAUAGCGAUACAAGCGUUGAAAGAUGAGAAAUUUGAUCGGGUUCCGGGUUGGGAUAAGCGAGCAGUAUUUAAGAUGGAUAGUCGGCCGGGUCAUGCGCUUCUCGGAAGUACCCAUGGUGCUGGAAUAGCCUGGAUGCUUAUCCAGCACAAAGAGAACCUUGGCAUCAAAACGAUCACGGAGGUUACGGUGUGGGGGUCUAAAGGAGGUUUUGGUUUUAAGGAAAAACCGCACACUGUUCGCUUAAACUUGAGAUUUGUGGCACAUACCGCCCAUACGGAACAUUCGUGGUUUCGUCGCGAACACCACGUGCGUGAUACCAGUUCCAUUUCCGGUCCAGAGCAGCCAGCCAACCUCAUGACUGUCGCGCAGACUCACCUCGUCACCGGCGGCAGCGGCUUCGUCGCGCAACACCUCGUCUACGAACUGCUGCAAAGAGGUUUUCGUGUACAUACAACAGUGCGUAGCCUCGGCAAUGCCAAAAAAGUCGACUCGCUCAAGACGCUGCAAGAGAAAUACCCGGCCGGCCAGCUGAGGCUUUUCGAGGCCGACCUGCUCGAAUGGGGCUCGUUCAAAGAGGCCAUGCAGGGAUGCUCGGUAGUCCACCACGUCGCGUCGCCCUUCUUGAUGGCGGAGAAGAUCAAGGAUGGCCAGAAGGAAUGCGUCGAGCCGGCGCUGAAGGGGACGCAGAACGUGUUGGCCACCGUCGGGGAAACUGAAGCUGUCGAGCGGGUUGUGCUCACAUCAACGAUCGGUGCCAUAUUCGGCGAUUACGCCGACGUCCAAGAUCAGAUGGCAGGGAUCCUGUCCGAGGGAUACUUCAACGAGACCAGCACAGUGACGCACAACCCCUACCACUACUCCAAGGUGCUGGCAGAAAAGGAGGCCUGGGCGAUCGCCAAGCGACAAGACCGAUGGGACUUGGUCGUCAUCUGCCCGGGGCUGGUCAUCGGCCCGCCGCUGUCCAAGGGCUCCGACUCGGGCAGCCUGUUUCUUCUCGACGAGCUUCUGCGCGGGGACCUGUUCUUCGGCGUGCCCAACCUCAGCUUCGCCACCGUCGACGUGCGCGACGUGGCCGAAGCCCAUAUCAGGGCGGCGGAGGUGCCGUCGGCCAAGGGGCGGUACAUUGUGGCGUCCAAGGAGAUGGCCACGUUCGUGGACAUCUCGCGGCUUUUCCGGAGACUGAGCAAGUCGGCCAUGGUCCCGAAUCACCAGCUGCCCGAUUUUCUUGUGCGCGUAGUCGGGCCUUUGUUCGGCCUGACGCAACAUUGGAUUUCGAGGAACCUAGGGGUCAGCUUCAUCGUGGACAACAGUCGAAGUUCCACAGAGCUGGGCCUUACGUAUCGACCGCUUGACGGGACCCUGGCGGACUAUUAUCAGGCUUGGAAAGCGUUUCAGAAGUGA